AUGGCUCCGCUCCGCCGCCUCCGCCUCUGGCUGCUCCUCGCUCUGCUGCCGCCGCCUCCCGCGGCACCGGCACCGGCACCGGCACCGGCACCGGCCCCGCUCCGCCGCCCGGACUGGGCCGCCUGCCGGGUCCUGUCCCGGGAGCUGGCGCGGCUGCUGGGGACGGUCCGAGAGCCGCACCCGGUGCUGCGCUGCCUGCACCGGAUCCGCCAGGCUCUGCAGCACUACCGGGACCUGCUGGGCUCCGACGUCUUCCGGGAGCAGCCGCAGCCGCAGCUGGAGACGGCGAUGGAGCAGCUGCUGCGCCACGUCCCGGACGGGCACGGCCGAGUCCCCCGGGACCCCCUGGCGCCCACCGAGCGCUGGGAGCAGCCGCUGCGGCGGCACCUGGCCCUGAAGCGGCUCCGCUCCUUCGCCGCCCUCAUCGGCCGCGUCUUCAACCACGGCGCCCGCUGAGCCCCACCGGACACCGCCCGCCCCCUCCCCUAUUUAUUGCCCCUCUGCCGGGGGUUUAUUUAUCGCGUGCGACGCUUCUUUAUUUAUCUUUAUUUAUACGUUUCUAAUAAAGGUCGGAUGGAGACGAGC